AUGUCAAUCGACAGCUUCAAUAGUUUACAAAUGAGCAACACAGGUGGGUCCAUUGCCAUGUCACUUGACAACAGUAGUGUCGGGUCAAACGACUCACACACUCGCAUCUUAAACCACCAAGGUCUAAAGCGUGUCAAAAAUAAUUACACUGAUGCCCUUAGUGUCAACAGAGGAAGAGUCUAUCAAGGCUUAAGUGAUGAUGCUCUUGCUAGAGCUUUAUUAGACACCCGUUUCCCAACAGAAGGGCUUGAAAAUUUCGACGAAUGGACAAUUGAUUUAAGGAAACUCAGCAUGGGACGCGCUUUCGCACAGGGUGCAUUUGGGAAGCUUUAUAAAGGCACAUACAUUGGUGAAGAUGUUGAUAUUAAGCUGUUGGAGAAACCAGAGAAUGAUUUGGAGAGAGGACAACUUAUGGAGCAACAGUUUCAGCAAGAGGUUAUGAUGCUUGCAAGGUUGAAACAUCCAAAUAUAGUAAGGUUUAUUGGUGCAUGUAGGAAGCCUAUGGUGUGGUGUAUUGUGACUGAAUAUGCUAAAGGAGGUUCUGUGAGGCAGUUUUUAGCUAAGAGACAGAAUAGAUCAGUGCCUUUGAAAUUAGCUGUUAAAUAG